GAUCCUGUGGAGAGAAACAGACGAAAAUCUCGGUGCUGGCAAAGAUUCCUUCACAGUCCUUUUGCUGUUUGUUUUCUUCAUUCUUCUUCUUCAUUUUUGAACUUAAUCAUUCAUUUUGAUCUCUCUUUCUCUCCUAAAUUUGAAAUAAUACUCUCUCGAGAAAACAACUACUUCACUCUUUCUUUCUAUCACUAUCAACACACACCUUCUUUGCACCUUACUCGCCUCCCCUUCUUCCUCUCACCUACCUUUCAUCUCUCUCUAUCUCUCCCUAUAAUUUUCUCAAAUCUUGUCUUUCUUUUUAAUUUAAUUUUUUGUUGGUAAAUUAACUAGUGAUGGGUUGUACAAGUUCUAAGCUGGAAGAUCUUCCGGCGGUUGCUCUCUGCCGUGAACGCUGCUCUUUCCUAGAAGCGGCGAUUCAGCAACGUUACCAUUUAGCCGAAUCACACGUGGCGUACACGCACUCGCUUAAAGGAAUAGGUCACUCACUCCAUCUCUUCAUCAACCACCACCACCGUUUCGUCGCUUCUCCCAGACUCAACCUUCCUCCUCAAAGAAAAGGCGACCCCGAAGAACAAGAAAACAAAGGAGUAGAAAAUUCCCCUAAGAAAGCAAAGCUACCUUCUCCUCACCAUCCGGGUUCGGGUACUGAUUCGGGUCAUCUCGAGUUCGAUUCGGUCUCCGAAGAUGAUGAAGAAUUCCAUUUGGAUUCGGACCACCACCACCACCAUCUCGGAAAUUUUGAAACCGGGCCUUACAUGGGAGCACAACCGGGUAAUACCCGGUACCCGAACCCGGAAAUGAUGGGUCAUCAUCUUACUCCUACUCCUUAUAUGCACAUGAACUACAUGAAGAACAGUUCGAUGCCUCCUUCAGUCAUCUACGAGCAAAGACCAAGUAGCCCUCAAAAAGUCUACAUAGGCGAAUCAUCAUCUUCUUCUACUUACCCUUACAAUUCCGGACCCGGACCCGGAUACUACGGUUCUUCAACUGAUGCUCCAGCCUCGGAACCGCCUCCGCCUCCUCCGUCCCCGCCUAGAUCCAACGGGUGGGAUUUUUUAAACCCGUUUGAUACUUACCAUCCUUCGUAUACUCCGAGUCGAGACUCGAGGGAGCUUAGAGAGGAAGAAGGUAUACCCGAGCUGGAGGAAGACGACGAUUCACAGUACGAGGUUGUUAAGGAAGUUCACGGUGGUGAUAAUCAACCGACUCCUGCUGUUGUUUACAGGGAAGAGUCUGAUUCUCCGUCUCUGUCUCCGCGGCUGUCUGUUGAUAAAUCUGGAGCAAGCGCUAGUGGUGGAGGUGCGGCUAUGUAUCAGACUAGGCCGAGCGUGUCGGUGGAGAAGAAAGGGGUUGAGUACGAAGUGCACGUUGUCGAGAAGACGGUUGAUGAAAAUGGCGGAAACGAGAGCAAUGCCACGGCGACACGUGGAGGAGAAGGAGGAGGUGUGCCACGUGCGGUGCCUGAGGUUGCUAAAGAGAUUGAGAAUCAGUUCCUGAAAGCUGCGGAGUCAGGAAGUGAGAUCGCUAAGUUACUUGAAGUUGGGAAGCGUCCUUAUGGUCGGAAACAUGCAGCUUCUUCGAAGUUGUUGCACGGGUCUACUGAUGUUGCUGAGCCGCCAACGUAUGCAGACAUUGAAGAAGAGCUUGCUUCAAGGCAAAGGAACCUUUCUUCCACAUUGCACAAACUCCAUCUCUGGGAGAAGAAGCUUUACCGAGAAGUGAAGGCUGAGGAAAAAUUGCGUGUAGCUCACGAGAAGAAGGUAAGGAAGCUAAAGCGUUUGGAUGAAAGAGGUGCUGAAGCUAACAAAGUGGAUACAACAAGGAAGCUAGUAAGAGACAUGAACACAAAGAUACGGAUUGCGAUUCAGGUUGUGGAUAAAAUCUCCGUGACGAUUAAUAAAAUUAGAGAUGAAGAUCUAUGGCCGCAACUCAAUGCAUUGAUCCAAGGGCUUACAAGGAUGUGGAAACAGAUGCUGGAGUGUCAUCAAAGUCAGUGCCAGGCUAUAAAGGAAGCUAGAGGGCUAGGGUCUAUAAGAGCUAGCAAGAAGCUAGGCGAUGAGCAUCUUGAAGCAACUAGUUUGCUUGGUCAUGAGCUUAUAAACUGGAUAUUAGGAUUCUCUAGCUGGGUUAGUGCGCAGAAAUGUUAUGUAAGAGAGUUGAAUAAAUGGCUCAUGAAGUGUCUUCUCUAUGAACCCGAGGAAACAGCCGAUGGUAUCGCUCCUUUUUCGCCUGGUCGGCUUGGUGCUCCACCGAUCUUUGUGAUCUGUAACCAAUGGUCUCAAGCUUUGGACAGGAUCUCCGAGAAGGAAGUGAUUGAGGCAAUGCGUAGCUUCACCACGAGUGUGCUUCAGCUUUGGGAACAAGAUCGGUUAGAAACGACGGUGAUGGGGCAGGAGAAAGUUAGGAGCAUGGACCGGGAAGAGCAGAGGAUACACAGGGAGAUUCAAGCACUGGAAAAGAAAAUGGUUCUGGUUGCACCUGGUGAGGGUCUUUUGGUAUCUGGGAACGUUGUUUACCAGAGUGAUACUAGUAACGAUAGUUUACAAGGUAGUUUGCAGCGGAUUUUUGAAGCUAUGGAGAGGUUCACUGAUGAGUGUAUGAGAGCUUAUGAUGAUCUCUUGGUGCGUGCUGAAGAAGAAACUGCUCCGAGAGAAAGUGAGGAAUGAUAAGCAAAACUAGAGGAAGAUCUUUGCUUGAUCUUGCAAUGGUGGAACCAACCAGAAUCAUCUGCGUCUCAUUCUGAGCCUCAUGCAGUCAUGCAUGAAGAGCCCCACAAGUGAAUGAUGAUCUAAGAGGAGGCAGAAACCUUGUAAAAAGACGGUCAGUUCUAAUAGUUAAGAGAUACGGUUUAGUGCAAAUUGGCUUUGAACCGAAUGGUUAACAUAAACCAAAUAUGAGGCAGGUAGCAUAUAUUAGUUAAGUUCUAAUAACUUUUAUAUUCAGGCAAUGUACCUUAGGCGUUUAGGACUAAACUUUUGAAGAUUCUCAGCAAUUAUUUUUGUAGAAUCCGAGGGUAGCUCAGGCAAGUCUCUCUUUCUUUUGAAGUAUUAAAGAACCUUUUGGUUGCAGAAACUAGAUCACCCUAAGCAGCAUUGAGCUUCUCACUAAUCCAGGUUAUUAGUACUAGUAUUUAACAUGUGGCCUUUUGUUUUGUCGCAUUAUUCUCCCUGUGUAUGUAUUCUUUGCUCACAUGAUAAAAUUUUUAUAAAU